GAGCAGGGCGUGUGCAUGUUCGCCUUCACGUGCGCCAAGGCGAACGGCACUCACCUGGGCACCUGCAUCGACCGCUUCUACUUCGGCAGCUGUUGCAAGAUCGAGGACCCGUCGACGGCCAUCGACGCUUUUCCGCAGGACAACGCCAUCGACACGGACAGCACUUCGCCGGCGAAGCCCUUCCUCGUCGCGAUCGCCACCACCGCAGCCGCCACCACCACCAGCAGCGCGAACAGCCAACCGCUCGACAGCAACGACAUACCCGGUAACGUGGACAGCGGGUUGAAACCGAGGCCGACAAAGAGACCGCUGGACGCGACCACGCAGUCCACGAGACUGUCGACCUUCCAAACGGUGCAGAGCAACGCGUCUCAACAGAGGUACACGACCUUGCCCACCGCUACCAACACCAAGAUCGUCGCCACGCCGAAGCCAGCCUCUACCACAGCCUUCUACUUGACCACGAGCAGCAACGCGUUGGCAAAAAAACCGACACCGCCGUCGACGACCUUCGGCCAGAGGAUAUCUACGAAGAAGCCGGCUUCUCCGUCGCCGACCAAGAAACCGGUUACCGCGACCGAAGCCACUUCUGCGCCGAGUCUCACGAUUAAUCCCGCCGCCGAUAGACCGAGCCUGUUCACCACCACGACGCAAAGGAUUUAUCCUGCUACGAGAUUCCCACCGAGGAACGCGACGACCGUGGCUUCGACCAAGUUCAGCAACAACGCGACAACUACUACUACUAAGAAUGUAGUGCCGGAGACGUCGACGAUCAAGCCCGUGACGACGAAAAAACCGGUAAAGACCACCAGCAAGAAACCAACGACGAUCACGGUCGCUAAGAAACCCAGCACGACGACGACGACGACGACGACGACGACGACGACGGUCGCUAAGAAACCCAGCACCACGACCACGACGACGAGUAAGAAGCCCGCGACGACUGCUGCUACGCCUGUUACGACGAAGGCCACUAUCACCACGAUCAGUCCACUGACGAACUCGAAAACGACGAUACCCACAACUGCUACGUCGACGAAAAAAGUUGUAACCAAGAAGCCUGCCGCGACGUCGAGCAGUACGCUCGCGGUGACGAAGAAGCCUGCGAGCAACGCGACUCACGCGACGAAGAAACCGGUGAGCAACGCGAUCUACGCGACCAAAAGGCCUGCGACGACCACUACCACCGUUACGACGAAGAGGCCUACGAAGACGACGAGUGCACCGCCGACGACGACCAGUACGCCGAGAACGACGACGACGACGACGACGACGACGGCAGAAUUGACAACUAAAAGGCCUACCACGGCGACCACGCUGAAAAGGACAACCACACCUUCACCGACGAGAUCAACCACGACGAGCGCGUCCACUACUAGUCGACCGACAACGCUGAAAGUCACGAGCAGCACGACGACGACGACGACGGCGAGCAAGCCCACGAAGCUGCCGAUAGCCACCAGUGCGAAACCAACGGUCGCGGCCACGAAACCCAUCGUGGCUACUACCAUCACGGCAAGGCCACCCGCGAAGAACACCACGAUCUCGAACGAGAUCGACGCCGAGUUCGACGAUCAAACGCCUACGGGAUUCGUCACCUGGUCGUCCUUCCCAGAUGAAAGUCCCACCAAGGCCCCGGCCAAAGAACCAGAGACCACGGAAACGGAGUGGCAGCCAAUAACAACGCCCGACGGCUGGAUCAUCGUCCAAUCUCCCGCGACCGAGCAAGAGGAAUCCGAAGUAGAAGAAGAAACAGCGAAGCCGAUUAGCACUAAGGCCACCACUCCGGCGACCACAACGACCAAGGAAAGCACGACGACUUCGAUACCGACGACGACGACGACGACGACGACGACGACGACUCAGCGAGCUAUUACAACUCCGUCGACGACCUACCUGGACAUGCUGUCGACGCUCGCGAGCGUCACGUUCGCACCGAGUCACAACGAGCUGCCGGCUGUCCCCAUAAACAUGUCUAAUUACAAAGAUGUUUGCGGCAGGAGGCUGUUCCCCGAGUCAAGGAUCGUCGGCGGCGACAGCAGCACCUUCGGCAAGUGGCCCUGGCAGAUCUCGCUGCGUCAAUGGCGGACCUCGACGUACCUGCACAAGUGCGGCGCGGCUCUGCUCAACGAGAACUGGGCCAUCACCGCCGCUCACUGCGUCCAAAGCGUGCUGCCGAGCGACCUGCUGCUGAGAAUCGGCGAGCACGACCUGGGCAACGAGGAGGAGCCGUACGGCUUCCAGGAGCGCCGAGUGCAGAUUGUCGCGUCGCACCCCAACUUCGACCCGCGCACGUUCGAGUUCGACCUGGCGCUCAUGAGAUUCUACGAGCCCGUGCUGCCCUUCCAGCCGAACGUGCUGCCCAUCUGCGUGCCCGACGACGACGAGGACUACGUCGGCCAGACUGCCUUCGUCACCGGCUGGGGAAGGCUCUACGAAGAUGGACCGCUGCCGUCGGUACUACAGGAGGUGGCAGUACCGGUGAUAAAUAACUCGUUGUGCGAGGGCAUGUACAGGAACGCCGGCUACAUCGAGCACAUACCCCACAUUUUCAUCUGUGCCGGCUGGCGGAAAGGCGGCUUCGACUCCUGCGAGGGCGACAGCGGAGGACCACUGGUAAUCCAGCGAAAGCGCGACAAGCGCUGGGUUCUAGCCGGAGUGAUCAGCUGGGGUAUUGGUUGUGCCGAGCCGAACCAGCCCGGAGUCUACACGAGGAUCUCCGAGUUCCGCGAGUGGAUCAACCAGAUCCUCCAGUUCUAAAGAUGUAUCAUAAUUGUUGUGUGGAGAACAUUGUGCGCGAGGUGCAACAGUGAUCCGCCCUAUGUGUAGGGCAAUUUGUAAAUACGACAAUUUUUUUUUUUUUUUUUUUUUUUUUACGUAGGUCUGUUAUCGAUUGUGCACGUAUGCCAAACUCUUAUUUAAUUAUUUCUUCGUCACGAGUGUUUCUGCUCUUACUCUGUACCCGUCGAGACUCUUUGCCCUAUCUCUAUUUGUAUUUUUUAUUUAUUCAUUAACGUAUUAUUAAUUGUAAUCUCGCACUCGGCGAAAUAAAAAAGAAACGUCGAGUCUGUACAAAAAAAAAUGACAUUAGCUUUAUCAUAACAAUAAAAGAAAUACAAAAAUGUUU